AUGGGACCUAUGGGAAUCGCGUGGUACAUCCUCCUGUUACCAGGUCUGCAGAUCGCGUGUUCUCGAAAUGUGGACCAAUCGACUGGGAGACUGGAGUGGACCCUCGGACAAUGCAUCCUGCAGGUGAAGGAGCCUUGUGACGACAACGAGGUCCGCUUCCUGCUUUACGCAGAGGGGGCGGAUAGCAGCAGUGAGCCCAUCCUCCUGAGGGCGAAUGACCCAAGGCCUCCACCCGGCACCUUCAAUCCAAACUUGGACACAAAGGUUCUUAUCCACGGGUACGCCGGUAACGCCGAUUUCAACAGCACGGCAGUCAUCAGGCGAGCCUACUUGAACCGCGGAGGAAGCAAUGUCAUCGUAGUGGACUGGGGUCCCCUUGCGACGUACCCCUGCUACUUCGCCGCGAUAUUCAACUUGCUGCAGGUGGGGUCGUGCACAGCGCGAUUGCUCUUCGGCCUCGCGACGAAGUACUCGCUACACCCGGCCACCGUACACGUCGUUGGCUUCAGUCUCGGUGCGCACGUGGCCGCCCUGACCAGCAAAGGGAUGCAGGCGAUGACGGGGACCCGCCUGGGCAGGAUAACAGGGUUGGACCCUGCCCUGCCCCUGUUCGCUACGCUGAACGACGCCUGGAAGCUCGACCCCAGCGACGCAGACUUCGUGGACGUCGUACACACAAACGUCGGUAUUUUCGGAAAGAUUGAGGUGUCCGGACACGCAGACUUCUUCGUGAACGGCGGCACCUUUCAACCUGCAUGCGCCGGACACAAGAAUGCGCCGCUUUGCAGCCAUCUUCUCGCGCCGGUUUACUUCGCAGAAUCCGUGGCGUCUGAAGAGGGCUUCUGGGGACAGGCGUGUCCCAGCUACUGGCACUACGUCCUGGGCUGGUGCCCUGGAGACACGGCGCGGGACGACCUCGACACACUGAUGGGCGAGCAGUGCAGCAGCACUACCAGAGGCAUUUUCUUCGUGCGAACAAGUGAUUCCCCGCCUUAUGCCCUGGGGAAGCAUCAGGAUUCCACCCGCAUAAAGAAGCAAUACUGUGAUCAAUAAACUUUUUCCCCACGACCUCGGUGUUCCUGGCGC